AUGCCGCCGGUAAACGUUGCCAUUGAUUGGCAGACCUUUGCCGGACGUUACCGGCGGCAAUUGUCGUCGGUGAUUAGCGCCACCGGUAAUGUUCACCGGACGGCGGUGGCGACCCUCGCCGCCGCCGUUUCUGUGGAUGAUGGAGAACAUGAACCUUGGGACUUUUGUGGGGUUUAUGGCUGGAGCAAUACAGAAGAUCACUACUUGACUUGGGACCUUAUGAUUUCUCUUCUGCCAUCAGUCUCUAAUAAAUGGAUUUGUGGUGGCGACUUCAACCAGACCAUGUAUCAUUUUGAGAAGCGAGACGGCAACAUGAAAUCAGAUUAUAAACUUGUGAAGUUUCGUGAAACAAUUGAGACUUGUGGGCUGUUAGAUUUAGGUUUUGUUGGUGAACCUUUUACCUGGACGAACAAUCAGAGGGGAGAAGAUAACAUAAUGGAGAGACUUGAUCGUAUUUUUGGAAGUGAAGGAUGGAUAGCCGCUUUCCCGGGGUUCGAGGUUUCUCAUCUGCUCAGGAAAUCUAGUGACCAUUGCCCUAUUCUUCUUGCUAGAUGGUGGUUCGAUUGA